UUUUCUUUCUUUCCAUCUAUCUAUAUCUUUGAAAAAAAAAAACAGAAGAAAAAAAAAGGGAGGAAGAGAGAGAUCAAUCGAUCGAUUAGAAUUUGAGUGAAAAAAAUGACACAGAGAGCCGAGAAGGAAGAGACGGAGUUCAAGGUCCUCGAAACUCUAACGCACUGCGUCAACAACUACGACGUCACCGGUAAUCCAUCCACCAACAACAUGUGCCAGAAGUGCUUCAAUGCCGCCACGGCCGCCGCCACCACCUCAUCGUCUUCUUCGUCCGUCACGAUUUUGAAGUUUUCUGCGGAGAAAAGUCCGAGAUCUACCUCAUCCUUCAGCUUUGAGGCCCCGGCCGAGACCUUCAAGAAGACGAAGGCAUCGGAAAUCGCAAGAUCGGACGAAUCGCCAAAUAGGUGCGUGGUCAAUCAGUGUUUCGAAUGCCGGAGAAAGGUCGGGUUGACCGGAUUCCGGUUUUAUCUCGCGAUAUUAUCGAUAAUAUCGAGAUAUAUUUCCCAAAUAAUGCAUUAAAAUACUGAAAAUAUUGUAUCUAAUAUUAUCGCAAUAAUAUCGACAAAAAUAUCGAUAUAUUGAUGAUAAUUAAAUGGAUAUGUGUGAAAAUAUAGUCCUCUAAAAAAACCGAUAUUAUCGGCGAAAUAUCACCGAUAAUAUUGAUA